AAUUGGCAGUCGACCGUACGGCACUGUCUAAUUAGUCUAUACUAGAGUGGGAGCGAUCUGCUGAGUCAUGGCCGUGAUUUCGGGAUUAGUCGUCGCUCUACUCGUUGCAAUGACUCUCUACAUCGAAUCUGUACACGCUCAGCUUAGAGCUGUAAAAGAAACUAUCGGACAUGUGUCUCCAGUUCGUAUUACCUGUUGUCAACCCUUCUCGACCCGUCGAUACUUCGGCUUGGACAUUUACAAUCGGCCAGUUUACAGGUCGGUGAAGAUAUGCCGAGGAUCGUGCACUUCUCGAUCCGACUAUGUCAUCACAGACGGAGGCAUCGACGACUUCGCCGGUGCCGAACCCACACGACCCAGCGAGCUGUUUCUCAACAGUCGAUUGCUCGACGGGAAAUCUCUCAGUCUCUAUUUUGACAAACUCUCUUCGUGGGAUCUCUGGACUGCUCACACCAUUGAGGUACCGCGCCGUGUGCUCGACUACUGCGCAGACAUCUUGCGCAUUCAGUUUAGAUUCUGCGUCAAAGCAUCGCGAUCGUGGCUCGCUACGAAUGAUAAUGUAUUCAUCUGGAAUCCUCAACCGGAGAGUGAUAGUCUACUUUGGAGUUCGUACAUACGAGACCUGCCUACACCGGGAACCGGCUUUGGUCCCCACCAGUACCGUUGCCACACGAGCACUUAUCAACCCGGAGAUCCCAUCUUUCAAUACAUAAUCACAUACGGUGAUCUCAACGUGGCCAUUCAGGACGACACAUUCUUUGACUACACACAACUCACUCUUAUAUACGACAAAACACCGAAGUCGUGUCGUGCGACCAAAGUUAAGGAGACGACGGAGACUCUGUCGCUUAGUAAAGGAGUCAUAGACGUGACACUGGUCAACCAUCUCGAGUGCGAUUGUCAGGACCACAGUCGGUGCAAUCGAUUCCCUCUAAAACAUACAUUCUUCGAGAACUCGUAUUUUGAACAACAGAUCGACGUCGGGAAGUGUGCAGGAAAUUGCAGAAAUUAUCACAUUUUUGCUGAAGAGACCGAUGCUCAGCACAACUUGGCACGUGAACUCGAUGCACGGAGAGAUCUCAGUUCAGAAGCAGUCGAAGAACGGUUCAAAGCGGCAGGCAUUCCGUAUAUCCCAAAUAUCGGUACUGCCUGCCAGCCAUUACAUACACACGUCGAGUUUGUCAAGGGACCAAACGGCGGUCAAUGUGUCGAAGUCAUCGACAAAUGCCGUUGCCUUCAACGUUGCUAUCGAAAAGUACACCUAGAAGAGUACGUGGAAUUGAUAAGCACGGGUUCGGGCUACCGCGAACGCCGUAGAGUAUACAAUGUGGGAAAGUGUGCUGGCAAAUGCUCAUCGAGGCAGGAGUGUGUGGCUCUUUCAUACCAUAACUAUCCUACUAUUCUUCUGCGUGAUGGCACCAAGAAGCAAGUACAAGCGAUCGGAAGGUGUGGUUGCAAGUAGAAGGUCGUGAAGUGAUGCUCUCUAGACCGUCCAACGAUUGUGUACUUUUAGUUUGAUGUAUCAUUGUCUUGUUGUGCACUUUUCGUUUGCAAGUGUUUCCUGAUGAAUUUAGAUGUCUUUGAAAAACCAA